AUGGCUACCACUGCAACAUUAGUUCAAGAGCAUAUCCCCGAGUUAAAGGUCAUUUGUCUCGACCAUCCAACCACCUCCGCCACCUCUUCUUCAGCAUCCAGUCUUCCCUCCAUGAUCCGUGAGAUACCAAUCAACUACAUCUUGGAAAAACUUCAUCGGCUGGGUCCCCAAUACCUCAAUGACAAAUCGACCGCCUACGCCGAGCUUCAUAUCGACGGUUGUCCCAAGUCCUAUUACGUUCACAGGGAAUAUCUUACCUUACAAUCCAAUUUCUUCAACGUGAUAUUCAAUAACGGCGACAUUUCGAAUGGUGAUGUGAUCACCAUCUCAUUACCUGCCUCAGAAUUAUUUGAUCCCAUCUUAGAGUAUUUCUAUGAUGGCGAUGCCGAAAAGUUUUACGAUUCCUUAAACGAGCACAAUUAUGAACGUGUGUGGAGAAAUGUGGAAUAUUUGGGCAUGGGUGAUGAAGCAAGAGCAGUAUGUUUGGCUUACUUUCAGAAUGAAAUAGGCGGUCAACACGAAUGA